GACCCUUGACCUCGUCGUGUAGCAUGCCACCUUCCACGUCGCUUCCAUCAUGAAGGUCAUACCAACGUAUGUAGAUCAGCCCAUCUGAUUACCCUUCCACCCUUGUCCACAUCCUCUACGGGGACUGAGCGUCGACAAGGGAGACAGUAUGGACGACGCUCUCGACCCAGGGGCCACUGACGGACCGUCUACGCUACCUCACUCGCAAGCGCAGCGCCUAACAGUCUCACUCUCACGAGCAGCCACCGACCGAUCAAGCUCAGCGCCUCCAGACAUCGACGACCUUAGUCCUACCUCUCUGUCAGAAACGUCGCAAGGCGAACCCUCCGGCCAUCCCGCGCGCACCAUCCUCUCCUACCCAUCACCCGACUUCCAGAGCAAGACGAACCAGAAGCCCUUUAGCCAUAGUGCUGCCAAGAGAGAGUCGGUCAUGGCACUGGGCAGUAUCGCUGGUUUUCAAAAGUUUUACGCUAGGCAGGGGUUGGCAGCGCCUAGCCCGCCAAUGGCUACCAAAGGCGGGAGAUUGGCGUUAGGACCUGCUGCCGCCGCUGCAAGAGGUGGGUCCUUACCUCCUCCAUGCACCAUAGACUCGGGCCAUCAACAAGGCUCCUCAAACAUUGGCGAGCAGUCCAGAGUAGUGAACCAAUCUCAGAGAGGCGCUGAAUCAAAUAUUGUGGAAGAGGCUCCUCGCUCUACGUGGAAGGGCAAGCUGUUCCCUGAUGUCGCUAGACCUGUAGAAGCAGAUUUGGAGGGCCUCAGGAAAGUGAUGACUGCGUGUCUAGAGGUGACUCGUCAGCAGUGGCUUCUGACAGACCCAGUCACCGCCUCCAAAUUGGCAGCUGGUCUCGACAUUGCGGAGCUGGUAGCGACUAGCAUCAAGACCGUCCGCGCUGUCCGUAGCUACUUCCUCGCCCUGCCUCCGCAGAGUCUUGUUUCACCUUCACGUCAGAAGAGCAGGUCGGCUUUCUCCCGACUCAGGAGACAGCAAUCUUUCUGCCAGGAAGGAGCACAGCCCAAGCCCAGGGACAACUUCAAGCGACAGUCCAUGAGCCACAUUCUCACCCGACGAGCGUCUACCGUCCUUCUCAGCAGUGGCUUCGCAGCCCCUGGCGCUGAGAACUCACCAUCAGGCAGGCGCAGCAGCAGUCGCGCACCCAGCAGCUUCUUGCCUUUUCAGACAGUGAGGAGGAUGAGCUAUGCCCCUACCGAGACGGGCAGGGGUGAAGACGUCGCAUCUCGCAAUUUGGCCCGAGAUAUCAAAAGCAUCUUUGCCGCCACCGAAGCCAUGGCACAUUCUGCGUCUGGCAGAGCGAGCACAAUGGACUUCCGUUCUGACCGUUCCGCCUCACCUGCGAGUUCCGACGACGAGGAAGGCACCAGCAAUGCCUCCGCAGCUGAUCCUCUGGUCCUGAUUAGGGCAGUCGGGCUUGAAGUGCUGGGGAUGCUCAAACAGCUGGAGGACAGAAACCGUGUUUCAGAUGCUGCUGCUGGUGCAACGGGCGAUGAGAAGGGCCACAGUCCAGGAGAAGGGGCCAAAAUUGCUCAGUACCGUACAGACGUCAGUCUAGCUGCUCUGACCAAGGAGCGAGAAGUGGUGCGCACCUACGUAGUCGAGGUCGAGGCGAUUCUGGAUCGGCUGCCCUAUGAGUCUCGAAAGCGGGAGCGAGGACAGAGAGCGGCAUCAUACAGCGGUGCGACUGAAGUGUCUGAAAUGAAGGGCUUGCACCUCGGGGUUGAGGGUCACCCGAAUCUUUUCGGGUACGCGCCCAAAGGCGACGACGAUCACGUUUCUGACGGCAGUGAGGGAAACGACAAUCUACCGAAGUGGGCUCGCACAGCUUACGACGAGGACAAUUUGGGACGAGCGCGUGCACUCCUCUGUGAUGUGCUGCCGGGCGUCUAUCCCGAAUUGCGACCGACAGUGGAGAGUGACCAGCUCGCAGAAGCAACACACGAAGGGCUCUUGAUGGCUCUCUCGGAUGGUCAACUGCUCUGUCACGCCUUCAAUGCUGCCCUACGCCGCUCCAGCAAGCCGUGGGGCUUUAUACCCUCUGGGUCGAUACACGAUGUUAGGGCAGACGAGGAUCACUGCAUCCCCAGUCGUUCCCGCAGUGUCAAUGCGUCGCACACGAGCUCUACGGGCCGCCACACGCCCAGUGAGAUCGGCGAAGAGAUGGACAGCACGACGAGCUCGUUGGGCGACAUACAUCGUAAGCCUGGCUGGACCUUUCGCCGGGUGGAGAAUCUCAACAAGUUCACCGUGGCCAUUGCCCUGCGCUACGGCAUCAAGAGUGGACGUGUCAAAGACGGUGCUUCACAGCAACACUCAAACCUGGAUGGAAAUGUUCUUUCAGAUCAUCCUCUCAUGUUCGACGCUGUCAAGGUCGUGAGGCAAGAGGGGGACUGGCAGGAGAUGCUCAGGAGGGUGGUGGAGCAGUGGGCACUCAAAGUGGCAGAAGAGGAGCGCAACAGGUGAUGGUUGAAACCACGACGCGGUGGUUCACAGUAGUCUGUACGUCUGCAAUGAUCUGAAGUACGUGCAUGUGGCGCGGCUUAUCUACGAUCAUGUGUCUGCCUGUCUCAGUCUUCCUACGAGUAUCUUGUGGGGUGCAGGCAAAGGCCGUGGUGGGUGUGGGUGUCAGG